AGAGCAGCACUCAGCACCGGGCUCCGCAUUCCCCCCUCCGCCUCCAGCAGCAGCAGCAGCCCCCGGCCGGGCUGAGGCUUCCCCCGAAGCCCAUGCGCCGGCCGCCUUACCCCCCUCUCCCCCCCCCCAGCAGCAGCAGCAGCAGCCGGCGGCGUGAGGGAGAUGGAGUUCCUGAUGGCCGGAGUGGCCGCCUGCGGAGCCUGUGUGUUCACCAACCCGCUGGAGGUGGUGAAGACGCGGAUGCAGCUGCAGGGCGAGCUGCGGCCCCGGGGCUCCUACCCCCGGCACUACCGCAACGUCUUCCACGCCACCUACACCAUCUGCAGGGCGGACGGCUGGCCAGCCCUGCAGAGGGGGCUCCUGCCCGCCCUGCUCUACCAGUUCUGCAUGAAUGGCAUCCGCCUGGGCACCUACUCGGUGAUCGAGGACGCUGGGUACACCUCCACCCAGGAUGGCAGGAUCAGCGGCACCAGGUGCACCCUGUCAGGGGCACUGGCUGGAGUGGCCGGGGCGUUUCUGUCCAGUCCCAUCUACCUGGUGAAGACACAUCUUCAGACACAAUCUACCUCUACUAUAGCUGUUGGUCACCAGUAUAAACAUGAGGGGAUGUUCCACGCACUGAUGACCAUUUACCGCAAGCAUGGCGUCACUGGACUGUGGCGUGGGUCAAGUUCAGCGGUGCCCAGGGUGAUAGUUGGCUCUUCCUCCCAGCUCUCCACAUUCUCCACCGUGAAACAGUUUACCAAUGACCUACAGGUCUUUCAGCCGGGAAGCUGGCUGGUAUCACUGACAGCGGGGAUGGUCAGCAGCAUCUUUGUUGUCCUUGCCAUGACACCCUUCGAUGUAGUUAGUACCAGACUCUACAACCAACCAGUGGACCGGAAAGGGAAGGGUGUGAUCUACAGAGGAUACCUGGACUGCUUUGCAAGAACCGUAAGGAAAGAGGGUCUGUACGGCCUGUACAAGGGCACUGGGGCCUCCUACUUCCGACUAGGCCCGCACACCAUCCUCAGCCUCUUCCUCUGGGAAGAAAUGCGCAAGUAUUACUGGAAGGAGAAGCGCGCCACACAGAGGCAGGCCCCUGGCCAGCUGUAGCUGCAGGGUGCAGCGUCUCUGUGCUCAGAGUGCCAUUUUGUCUCUCUCCCUUUCUCCGGACCAUCCAAGGCCUACUUACUCACCAGAUGUGGCAAGGGGGAGGCUGGAGGAUGGCCAGUGAGCGAUGGUGACCCUGGACAGAUGAGCGAAUGGAAACCUGGGAACGAACCCAGUGGACGUUUCCUCAGAAUGAAAUAUGAACUGAUCCUUUAAAAAGUGUGAGGUGUCUUUGUCGUGAGGCAGGAGUGAA